CCCUCAUCGCAACACCGCCGCAAAAUACCCAGCCCGCCCAAUCUAUCAUUUCUCGCUCCUGAAUAGGUCGAAAUCCGCCGCACAUAGCCUCCGUAACUUUGAAAGCAGGGAGAGCGAAAGCUCUUCCGUAAAACAAAAUUUAAAAAGAACAUAAAAAAUGGCACCCAAGCGCAAGAUCCCGCCCUCGGAACCAAAGGAGCGCCAGUCAAAGCUCGCCAAGGAGCACAAUAUCACGGCGCGGGAGGAGGCAGAGAUCAAGGAGGCCUUUGCGCUAUUCGCCGAGCCCAUGGACGGCGAGAAGGAAGGGGUUAUACCGAUUGGGGAUGUCAGGAGGGCUAUGGUAGCCCUGAACGUAACCCCCACGCGCCCCGAGCUCAAGGAGUUCCUCGAGAUCCUCGACCCGGACGACGACGGCCACGCCGCCUACGAGCCCUUCGUCGCCAUCUGCGCCCUGAAGCUGCACCAACGCGAUGACGCCGCCGACGAGGCCUCCAGGGCUGCCGAGGUCGACGACGCCUUCAGGCUGUUUGCGGGGGCGGGGGCCGCCGACGGCCAGCACGUCGACACCCUCACCCUCGGCCACCUCAAGAGGGUCGCCAUGACGCUCAAGCAGGACGUCGACGAGGACCUGUUGAGGGAUAUGAUACUCGAGGCCAACAACGGCGCCGGCGUCACGAAGGGCGUGGGCAGGAGGGAGUUCGAGGAGGUUAUGCGGAGGGCGGGGGUCUGGAGGUGAGAGGCGAUGGAACAGGGUAGAAGGAGAAGGAGUAGGAGAAGAGAAAACAUUGGUAUCAUACUCAGAGUGUCGCGAUGACCCCAGAUCAUCCGUUCCGGCAUGUUCCGUCGCGUGCGUCUUGGGACGUUUCCGGGGGCCUG